AUGUCCUUUCCUAUCAGUUUGCCCUUCCUCAGCGAUAGAGAGGCUAUCAAGGAUACCAUUUAUCGGUGUGUACUUAGUGUAGACACGGCAGAUGUGGAACUUUUUGAUUCUGGAUUACUCCCAAAUGCUACCUUAAACUUUAAUAAUAGUGAGUUGAGCGGAAAACAAACCAUUCGCACAGUAUUCUUUGAAAAGGUAUGCAAACUAGACUGUACACAUCAUGUUAGUAAUGUUCGCAUAAACUUGCUGGGGAAUACGGCUUCUGUUACAGCUUCUGUGCUUUCUCAACAUUAUCGACAAGGAGAAGGUAAUAUAUCUAAUACUCCAAGCCUAUUUGAUGGUACUUUGAACUUUUUUGAAGUGGUCAAAGACGAUACUGAUGGCUUAUGGAAAGUAAAGAGUUGGGAUGUCAAAAUUAUCUGGUCAGAGGGCGAUCCAACUAUUCUUUCUUAG